AUGCCUCAUUCAACCGCAGGAACCGUGACGUCCGGUUUUAUCGGGCAAGAGAUCCAUUCAGAGAGCACACUGCCGCUCUUGAGCUUUCUCAUCGGGUGCAGGUUCAGCGACGAUCCUCUCUCCAAGAUCUUCAGCGAUGUCAAGUCCCAGAUAGGAGAGGCAGAUCGCCCUAUCCCAGAUGAGAGUGAGCAAUUGAAGACGAGCCUCAUCAACCUCAUCGACAAUGGCCCAGGAGGAAAAGUUCCAGGGCGCCCCACGGUCACCAUCGUUGGAGCAGGAGUUUCCGGCCUCUGUGCGGGUUACGAGCUCAAGAAAGCCGGGUUCGAAGUGACCAUCCUAGAAGCCUCCUCGCGAGUUGGUGGUCGGGUCAAGACGUUUCGAGAACCCUCUUUUGCUCCUGGACUUCACGGAGAGGGCGGUGCGAUGAGGAUCCCGGACAAUCACUUCUUGCUCCACAAAUAUAUCAACAAAUUCAAUCUCGCGAAACAACUCUUCGACUUUGAGAUGGAGAACAAAUUCAUCUACAUUUCCGGAUAUGAGAAGACGCUGACUUAUCAAGACUUCAACCAACUGCUGGAGCGCAAAGACCCAGGCCUCUUGAAGCUAUUCCCGGGCCUCAAGAAGGAGGAACAAGGCCAGACCUGCGACGACUUAUUUACCGCGGCGGUGAAGCCUGUAGUCGAUGCUUUCUGGGCCGCCUACGAUGGCAAAACCACGGGCAAGGAAUCUGAUCCGAAAGAUGUCGACGUCGAUGCUAUCAAGAGAGCAUACAAGAAGAUCACCGAGGAUUACGACAAGUACUCUCUGCGGUCAUAUCUGACAGAAGUGGCCAAGUGGAGCGAAGAUGCCAUCAAUCUGUAUGACCUGGGAAAUGCCCAUGUUGUAUUUGAGAAUGGCUUCAUUGAGUCUUUCAAAGACGCCUUCCUUUCCAGCAACAAAGGAGGCGCACAGGCUCAUAUGCAGCAGCUGCAGAGCGGCAUGGAUGCUGUGCCGAAUGCAUUCAUUUCCAAGGACAGGGGAAAAGAUUCCUUGAUUGACAACAUCGUUUUUGGCGCACGUGUCCGGGAGAUUGGCAUUGGUGAGAAGAACAGGCCCGGGAUCCCAGGGAAAUCGCCUGUGACAGCCACCUACGAGAUAUCUUCGACCGGCUGCAAGAAGACCGUGUCAUCAGACUACCUCAUCCUCGCCAUCCCGUACACGUCGCAGCGCUCGAUCGCCAAGAGCCAUGCUUUUGUCCCUAAGCAGGAGAUGGCCGUCCGCGACGUCCGCUACGUCGAAGUCACCAAGAUCCUCCUGCAGUACAAGGCGCGCUGGUGGGAAAAUGUCUUCAGCGACGCCAAGCAGGGCCUCGACGGCGGGCUCGUGAGCGACUUGCCCAUCAGGUACACCAUGUUCCCCAAGACAGAACACAACGAGCAGUUUGCCAACUCCAACCGCGGCGUCAUCAUGGCGGCCUACACUUUCGAGCAGGACGCGACCGUCCUCGGCGCGUUGUCCCCGGAGCGCAGGAUCCAGCUGGCGGCCGAGAACCUGGACCGCAUCUUCCCAGAGGCCAAGUCGCUGGAGCUGCUGGAGGCCGGGGCGUCACAGGUGUUCCCGGCGGACGAGCUGGCGGGCGGCAGCGCGUUCUGCUACUUUGGGCCGACGCAGAAGUCGCAGUUCCUGGCCACGAUGCAGGCGCCGGACUGGGACGAGCGCGUCUUCUUCGCGGGCGAGCAGGCCAGCUUCACGCACGGGUGGAUCCAGGGCGCGUUCGAGGCUGGACUGAGGUGCGUGCAGCAGAUCUGGGCUGUGGCUUCGGCGCCCAAGGUUCACCUGCUGUCGACAGCGUGGAUGGGCAUGAUACACGAGAGCAUUGCAGCCGCGCUCCGAUCCACCAAAUCACCCCAGCCCACCUUGGGCAUGCGGCCAUUCUCCCCGAGCUUGGCCGCCGGUCGGCUGUCGAAGCAUCCCGUCUACAUCGCCCUGGCCUUGGUGACCCUGCUCAUCUUCCGAACAUUCCUCCCGACUGUCGACUCUGGUCCUCCCUCGAGAUACGCCUCCGCCCUCCGGAACAUCAAGUUCAAACCGUCUGCCUUCAACUGGACGUCAGCCGAAAUAUUCUUCCCGCCCACGACUCCUCUCGCCCCAUUGCCUACCGGCAAACCCAAGGCCUUCCCUCACGUACAACACAACUUCGGCUCCCAGGGCAGUGCUCAGAACAACAAGGUUGCCGAGGAGCGCAGGAAAGCCGUCAAGGAUGCCUUCGUCCGCUCCUGGUCCGCGUAUAAGAAGGAGGCAUGGCUGAUGGACGAGCUCGAGCCCGUGUCAGGCGGAGGCAAGAAUACGUUUGGCGGCUGGGGAGCCACGCUCGUCGACAGCCUCGACACCAUGUGGAUAAUGGGCCUAUAUGACGAAUUCUACGACGCUGCCAAAGCUGCCGCCCAGCUCGACUGGUCCAAGACCUCCGAAACAGCCGCAAACAUGUUUGAGACCACAAUACGCCAUCUGGGCGGUUUGCUUAGCGCCUACGACUUGAGCGGGACUCCUGCGUUGUUGGAAAAGGCAAAGGAGCUUGGCGACAUGCUCUACAUGGGCUUCGAUACGCCUAACCGCAUGCCAGGGUUCUGGUUCAACUUUGACGAUGCCCGUAAUGGUCGCCAACUGGCUGGGACACACGAUCCAAGCGCGUCUCCGGCAUCUUUGGCACUCGAGUUCACAAGACUUGCCCAACUGACCGGCGAAGACAAGUACUACGACGCCAUUGACCGUGUGCGCGCGUUCCUGGCCCGCACCCAGGACGAGACGCAGCUCCCUGGCAUGUGGCCUGUAGCCCUCAAUUUCCAGCGCCAAGAAGUCGUAGGCGACAACAGCUUCACUCUCGGCGCCCUGGCCGACAGCCUGUAUGAGUACUUGCCCAAGAUGUUUAUUCUUACAGGGGGGCUGGAACCUUCUUACGAGCAGAUGUAUCGCAAGUCGAUGGACGUGGUUAUAAAGUAUAUCUUGUUCAGGCCGAUGCUUCCAGACCAGGACGAUAUACUGUUUGCAGGAAAUGCGCGUGUGAAGCAGGACAGCGUUGAGACGGAACCCGAGGGCCAGCACCUAGCCUGCUUUGUCGGAGGCAUGUUCUUGCUCGGAGGCAGGACGUUCGGAAUCGAGCCUCACAUCCGCAUCGGCGAGCGUGUCACCCGUGGUUGCACCUGGGGCUACGAAGCAUUCCCGACAGGCCUCCUGCCGGAAUUAUUUGGUCUACUGCCAUGUCCUUCGCUGGCACCCUGUGACUGGGAUGAAGAGAAGUGGUCCAAGCAGGGCAACCAAGCACUCAAGAAGGGGUUCAAGCAUGCACGGGAUACACGCUAUAUCUUGCGGCCGGAAGCGAUCGAAAGUGUCUUCAUACUGUAUCGGGUCACCGGGCAGGAGGAGAUCAGGGACAUUGCGUGGACUAUGUUUCAGAGCAUCAUGAGUGCCACGGAGACUCCAUUGGCCAACUCUGCUAUCCGGGAUGUCACUGUGUCAGGGCCAACGGACAAAAUGGACUCGAUGGAGAGCUUUUGGACAGCCGAGACGCUCAAGUACUUUUACUUGAUCUUCUCACCCCCGGACGUCAUCAGUUUAGAUGAGUACGUUUUCAACACCGAGGCUCAUCCACUGAGACGGCCAGGGUCGAAGCCUUGA